UGGAGUGAAGCGGUAUCAACAGAAAGCGGAUCAUUUCAACCUAAAUCAUGAUUGCACGGAUACUCUACUUUUUCCUUUGGUCUGCGGCUUUUCUAUCCAAGCUGCAGUGCGCUUCUCAGAGAACCGCAGACGGUCUUACUACUUUCCCCAUGUCCGCGUUCAUCAACAGCACCGAUAGAAAGGACUCCAACCAAACCUUCAACUCCAGGCUGAAAAGGAAGACGCUCUCGGUGGAUUUCGCCAUCCCGUCGCUGUUACGGUAUUACAUGGCUCUGUUUAUCAAACGCCCGCUUAACGGAGACUGUCUGACGUUUGACGGAUGUUACACGGUACGCGCAAACUUACUGAUGCGCUGCGUGCCUUUGCAGAAAACCAUCGCCAGUUUGCUCGAUGUAAAGUUGGCCGCAAUGAAUGUCAACAGAUCCAGCACUGGACAGCUCCCGUACAGACAAAUGCGGCCCGUGCCGAAAGUUUUGAAUUUAGGUUUGAUCAAAGCCAGUCGAAAGUCCAAUCAAGUUGUGGUGGAGAUCGGAGAGGAGAUGGUAAAAACGGGAUGUGGAGGAUUGGAUGUGUACGAGGACUCGCCGGUUGUGUUCCUGGAAAUGGACCUAACGCGGAUUUUGGAGUGGUGGCUGGGGGCAGAAGGAGGCCGGCUCAGGGUCCGGCUAAUCCCCGAGAGGAAAGCGCAGGUCCCGGGGAAAGAGGACAAGUACUCCGCUGCUAUCAGAGCUUCCGACGCUCGACUUUUCCUACACAUAGCCUCAAGUGAUCGGCCCUCAUCCACACACUCACGAAACCCCAUCGCCUCCCCCAAAUACUGGAACUUUUCUUGGAUAGCAGAGGAUGAGCUGACUUUCCCUGAGGACCCUGUAUCAACUUCAGAUUGUUUCACAAAUGGAAAGUUAUGUGAUCGUGGGCCUCCUGGAUACUAUCCUGAGUUUGCUUGGAGUUUAACAUCAGCAGACGACUCAUGGGUGAAGGACGAGACAAUGAAGAAGACAAAAGCAAGCUCCCAGGGGUGGGAGGAAGGGUGGUUUCUCUCAGUCAAUGGCUCAGCUCUGACAGGCCCAUGGGUUUUAAGCCCGUGGCUGCGUGCUGCCCAUUGGCCCUGUGGUUUGGAUGUGUCGGUUUUUUUGCACCCCAGGCAGAGUGGACGUUACACCGUCUGGCUCAUUGAGAGGGACAAGCCCCCACUUGCUCUCCUCACCACAGAGCACCCCCAUGUCAUCGGCUGGGCAGUGGUUCACCUCAGCUUUGGGGCUCGGAACAAACCCUUCAGGAUUUCUUCUAGCUACAACCAGCCUGGUGACAUGGAAACAGCGACCUAUGACCCCCGCUUCACUACCAACUGCACUAUAGAAACUUCUCGAAACAUGACUCUUCGGGGCCGUUAUCGCUGCAGAGAGGGCGGUGAGACCAAUGUGAGCCAGCUGUGUGACUUCAACCCUGACUGUCCACAAGGGGACGAUGAGGGAGAACAUUGCCGUCAAUUCCUCAAUGGAAGCUAUUGCUCGUUUGGAAGGGAGGACUGCAGCUGGCAGGUGGUUCCAGGCAGAGGUCCCCAAUGGAGGGUCCAUCCAUCAAUUCCCAAAGUCCUCAGGAACAGCUGUCCAUCAUCAGGGGCAUUGUUGGCCAUUGACAGCCAGCCCAAAGGUCAGCGAGGAUCAGCCCAAGUGCACAGCCCGCUUUUCUUCUACCCACUGCGCAACGCCCCUUGCAUGGUCAAAUUCUGGGUGUGUGGAUCUUCAGAUGGAGUGCUCUCACUCUGGAUUAUCGAAAACAGCACAGGUCCUGAGGGCCAACGGAGUCUUUGGAACUCAACAAGUGAGGCUAAUAUGGGCAAAGGGUGGAAACUCAUCACCCUACCUCUCUUUGGAUUGGUGGAUCUGUUCUACCUGCAGUUCAGUGCAGAUAUAUCCUCUAGUGCAGGAAUCGCCUUUGCAGUGGACAACUUCACUCUUAGUAUGGAGUGUUUCCUAGAAACCAAUGGAGAAUAUCCUCCAGUGGUUCCCACAAGCCCCAUGCAAGUGCUGUUCACACGAAGCAAUGAGAACAUCAAGACCACUACACCACAUUAUGGAGGGCCUGGAGAAUUUUCACAUCAACCCACAUCAACAGAAUCUGUCAAGUGGAUAUUCCACACCUGCGGAGCCACAGGACAAGAUGGUCCCACUCCAUCUCAGUGCAGUAACGCCUACCGAAACACCAAUGUCAAUGUCACUGUGGGGACUAAAGGACCAUUCAUGGGCAUCCAGAUGUGGCAGGUCCCAGAGACAAGGAAAUACAGGAUCACUGCCUAUGGAGCAGCUGGUGGACGCAGUGUCCUGACUGUUCACAAGUCUCAUGGGGUCUACAUCACUGGAGACUUCCUGUUACAGAAGAAUGAGCUGCUGUAUGUUCUAAUAGGACAGGAGGGAGAUGACUCUUGCCCUAAUAUGGUGCCUACUAUGGACAGGAUCUGCAGAGAACAGCAAGGACCCUCCAUUAACAAAACCCAGCUCAAGGGAGGGGGUGGUGGAGGAGGAGGGGCCACCUAUGUCUUCAAGGUAGAGAAUGGAUUCCACAUUCCAUUACUGAUUGCUGCUGGAGGCGGGGGCCGUGGCUACAGCAGCCAAUUAAAGAACCUGGAGGAAGUGAUGGACAGGGAUCCCAGCAUUCCUGGCCGUAAUGGCAAAUCAGGAGCGGCAGGGGGUGGUGGAGGCUGGAAUGACAGUAAUCCUUUUCCUCAAGGCGGUAGACCCCUUAUUCUGGGAGGACAGGGUGGGGAGCCCUGUCAAGCAAUGGGCUGGAAAACUCGAGGGGGUUUCGGUGGUGGUGGAGGAGCCUGUACAGCUGGUGGAGGAGGUGGAGGAUACAGAGGGGGCAGCGCUUCGCAGGAUAAUGAUCCCAAAAAGGACGGAGAUGAUGGAACAUCUUUCAUAAGCCCUGAUGGCGAGUUGUACCUGGAGCCACUUAAAGGUAUGGAAGGCGACGGUGAAGUUAUCAUCAACCCAGUGCAGAACUGCAGUCACUGUGAGUCAGGAGAUUGCCACGAGACCUACGAGGGCACAGUGUGUUACUGUGAUGAAGAUCUCUCACUGGCCCCAGAUGGAGUGUCCUGCAUCAACUCUAGUGAGGUGUCUAUGCUGCCUGCCCAGCCAUCUCUCUCUCAUCUGGCACUUGGCCUGUCUGUGGGGACCUCCGCACUCAUUGCCGCUCUGCUGUUGGCUGUGUCUGGUGUCAUGAUCAUGUACAGACGUAAACACACCGAGCUUCAGUCCAUCCAGUUAGAGCUUCAGAGUCCAGACUGUAAGCUGAGCAAACUGAGGGCCUCCACCAUUAUGACCGACUACAACCCCAAUUACUGCUUUGGUGGGAAGACCGCCUCUGUCAAUGACCUGAAGGAGGUGCCACGGCGCAACAUCUCUCUCAGCAGAGGUUUAGGUCAUGGGGCUUUUGGGGAGGUCUAUGAAGGGCUGGCCAUUGGGAUACCAGGGGAGCCAAAUCCUAUGCAAGUGGCAGUCAAGACACUUCCUGAGGUGUGCUCCGAGCAGGACGAGUUGGACUUUCUCAUGGAAGCUCUUAUAAUCAGCAAGUUUAGUCACCAGAACAUUGUGCGGUGUAUUGGGGUGAGCCUCCAGGCUCUGCCUCGCUUCAUUCUACUGGAACUGAUGGCUGGAGGAGAUCUCAAGAGCUUCCUGAGGGAAACUAGACCUAGACUAGAGCACCCUUCCAGUCUAACCAUUGUGGAUCUUCUCAACAUAGCCCGAGAUAUAGCCCGCGGCUGCCAGUACUUAGAAGAGAACCAGUUCAUCCACAGGGAUAUUGCUGCCAGGAACUGCCUUCUGACCUGCAAAGGUCCAGGAAGGGUGGCCAAAAUUGGGGACUUUGGCAUGGCCAGAGACAUCUACAGAGCCAGUUAUUACCGGAAAGGAGGCCGUGCUAUGCUGCCAGUCAAAUGGAUGCCUCCCGAAGCCUUUAUGGAGGGAAUCUUUACUUCUAAAACAGACACAUGGUCCUUUGGAGUUUUGCUGUGGGAAAUCUUCUCGCUGGGCUACAUGCCGUACCCAAGCCGCAGUAACCAAGAGGUGCUGGAGUUUGUGACUAAUGGAGGCCGGAUGGACCCGCCCAAAAACUGCCCCGGGCCAGUAUACCGGAUAAUGACACAGAGUUGGCAGCAUCAACCAGAAGACAGGCCAAACUUUUCCACUAUCCUAGAGAGGAUUGACUAUUGUCUACAGGAUCCAGAUGUGGUGAAUGUGCCUUUGCCUGUUGAGUAUGGCCCCAUCCCUGAGGAAGAGGAGCGGGUGCCCAUGCGUCCCGAAGACCCCUCUGCCCCCUCCUUGCUUGUAACCCCUCAGGGCACCGAGGAUGCAUCAUCUGCCUCUGCUGCCCACCCCGAGCAGGCCAAGAGAGAUGGGGAGGCACUGCUUAUGACCAGCCACUCCUCUGACAACAAACCACAACCUGCGCCCCCCUCUCAGCCUCACCCCCAUCACCACCAACACCCACAGGUAGCCACUGCCCCCAUACCUGCUGCCAAACCCUCUUCUACUCCCCAGACUACCCAAGAUGGAGGCCACGUGAACCUGGGCUUCAUGCAGGCCCACCCCUCGGAGAAGGAAAGCUGCAAUGGGAAGCCCACCAACCUGUUGAACCCCACCUAUGGCUCGUGGUUUCUACAGCAGCAACAGAAGAGGCAGCAGGCCCAGAGGCAGGUGAGUGGCCCACGUAUCCCAGGUGAAGGACAAGAGCAAGCAGGUCGGGUCGUGACAGUAGCGGAAGCUCUUGGCCUGCAACAACAGCACAAACAGCAACAGUACCAACAACAGCUCCAGAGCCAACAACAACAGCAGCAACAACAAGGUUUGUGUCGCCCACUUUUGCCACCUCCUCCCCCACCUGCCCCAGCCCCUCUCCUCCUGGAUUCAGCCACUCUAGCUCCAGUUCCUCUCUACAGACUACGUCGCUUUCCAUGUGGGAACAUCGGUUAUGGCUACCAGGAGCAGGGCCUGCCCAUGGAGUCAAUGUCUGGCCCCCAGCCUCCCCCACCUCAUACUGGCCAGCAGAGGCCAAUAUCUCUGGCUCGGGCAAGUGGGCCUGAAGACAGCCGCCCACUAUUGGUCACCAUGGGUACAGUGCAGGACUCCAGACUCCCUAAAAUGGAAGGGCACAAUGCCACUGUGCUGUAACCAUAGACGCUGUCUUUCUCAGUGCCCACUAUGGGAAACACUGUGUUCUCCAUCUGCGUCCACCUCUACCAAGCCCUUUGUGCUUUUUAUUGUGCUUUCAAAGCGCCAUGUAAAUGGAACUGAUCGGAAUAGUUCAACACUGGAAACUUACCCUAAACAUCACAGUCAUUGAACUGAGAUUGUUUGUCAUUUGAAUACUGCUGUGUUACAGAAAUCCACAUUUGAAAGCUUGAUAGACAAAAAAUAAACUGCUAAAGCUCUUACAAGGAGUAAUCCAGUGGAAAAGACUAGAUAAUAUUGGUGAUAUUUUUCCAAAAUGGGGGAUAAAAAACAAAACAAAAAUGGGUUUGUUGAUGUUUGCUUGCCUGCUUAUUUAUUCAUUUGUUAAUUUAUCAUUUGGAGGUCUUGUAAAUUAUUAAUGGGUGUGCUUCUGAAAGCAAACUGCCCCCAUUCAUUAUGUAUCAUUUUGUUCACUCUUGGACUCGGUUGGCUUUUAAACUGCCACAGUUUUCAUUUAAAAUCAAAUAUAGUGAAUAAAAGGAAUCUCUAAUGCCUUGCGUGUGAGACAUGAAUGAUUGUUUUAGGCUGUUGGUGGCUUUAUGCGAGGUGAUAACAUGUUGCCAUUGUGUUUGAAUGGAAACAUGUAGCAUCUGGUCAGGGACCAAUGAGUGAAGGCCCUUUCACAUGACUUGCAUGCACUUCAACGCACCUUUCGACACAAGCAUCAUGUGCCGCUUUAGUUGCGGCCUCAGAAGGUUCAUUGACCAUCUGAUUGCAUAUUUCACACAAAACUGGAAAGCACUUGUAAAAAUUAGUGGUAGACCGAUAUAUCGGUGUUACCGAUUAAUCGGUACCGAUAGUUGCUUUAUAGUAUGCCAAUAGAUAUCUGUGAUCCUCUGUGUUCCUUUGUAACUGGAGGAUUUUGCAAUUUCUUGUUAUUAUUGGGAUUUUGGUUGAAAAAUAAACUGCAUCUGGUAUUUUA